UUUGGUUAUUGCUAGAGGCUUGAAAAGAGGAUCGUUAUACAUGGUACCGGUGACAUCGGAGGGAGUGACCAACCCGGUAAAGACAGUUAACAAAGUCGGGCUCACUGAAUCAGGCAAAGCUAAGAAGGUUCAUUUUGCAAACGUGAAUCUUGGAGUUUUGGGGAUGACAGUUGAGUGUGUUCGGAGGUCUGAAUCAGGUCAGGGGUUUCGUGACAGUGGGAGCAUAGGACGUGUUCCGAGUACAGUUCUGAAACGUCGUUGGGUUUUGAGGACCAAGAAUCCGAACGUUAAAAUCUCUCCUGGGAAUAGUUUGCUGGAUUUGGAGAGUGGUAAUGGUCCUCGGUGUAUCUCUGGAUCCGGUGGAUUGUGCAAGCCGGUUGAGACAGAGGCUGUGGCGGUUACAGUCACGACUGGGUUGGAGCUCGGUGGAGCUUCAACUGUCCUUUCAUGUUAUUAAUGAAGGGGGUGGUUGCAACUAGGGGAUAUAACUGGAGUCUUAGCUUGUUCUUGGGAACUGGAGGCUUGGAGGACUUGGCAGUGAAGAUUACUGAGUUACUCAUGAUGGGUUUACUUGGAUGGCAUUUGUGUCUAUGCGAAAUCCUUCAAGUGGGAGAUUGUUGGGUUAUUCGGUGAAGGCUUUAGAGCUGUGGGCUUUAAGCCUGGUCGGCUAAAGGGAAGAAACAUGGGGGGCCGGUUUUAGUUAUUAAUUAAAGGGCCCAUUAGUUG